AUGGACCCACUUGCUGAUAUUAGGAAAUGGAGGCAUCUUCAUGAGAUGCUUGAGCAAGAUUUGAAGUAUUGCAAGAGCAUUAAGGCCUUCAUUGUGUCUGGAAGGUUGGUUCCAGCUAAUGAUGUUCUAGCUACACUGUAUUCUCUACCAGAUAAAGUGGUAGAUACUGUCGGUAUUACGUCAUUGCCAUCUGAAGAUUCUAUAUUUGAAAGGCGAAGGAAAUUGGACUUCCUUCAUAUGCAGGAAGAACUGAUGAAGGAGGAAAAUAAAAGGAGGAAGAGAGAGAAAGAAGAGCAAGCCAAGAUGAAGGAAAUUAAAGCCAGUGAAGAGGAUUUGGCAUUGAAAGAGAUGAUUAUUCCAACAGCAAAAGAAGCACGAGAACAAGCAAGGGCAAGGACACUAGAAAAGGAAGAGAAGAUCUGCGAAAUAAGUUGUGCAUUGGCUGUUUUGGCUUCUGCAUCUUCAGUUAGUAGGGAGCGUGAAGCGUUCCUGAGACUUGUCAAUUUGGAGAUUGAACUUUACAAUGGCAUGGUGGAGAAAGAGGGUACAGAUGGUGAAAAGGAUGCCUUGAAGGCAUAUAAAGUUGCUCAUGAUGAAAGUGACAGUACUUCUGUUGAGGCUGAAGGUGACGAGGUUUCAUCAGCGCUUAUAGACAAGGUGGAUGCAAUGCUUCAAAACCUUGAGACGGAAAUUGAUUAUAUAUGCGCAUAUUGGUGA